CUAAGACUUUGCCUGCUGUCAACUUUCAAAAGAUUGUCGCAGCUCUGGAAAGAGUCGAGGCGCGGAAUGCCGGGGAACUCCAACAGACCGUGAUCUUGCGAUCAAAGAGGAACUGCUAAUAUCUCACCCCCUCUUUCUUCCGUGAUGAAAACCUGAACCAAAGGGCGCGCGAACAAACAUGGGAGACGUUAGCAAAGAGGCAGUCGAGCGAUAUUUGGAGAACAACCCACAGUUUGCCAAGGAAUAUUUUGACAGGAAGCUCAGGCCGGAGUCGAUCAGUGCUAUCUUCAACGGCACGAAGGUAGAGUUAAAGGACGGAGCUUCCUUCAGGGACCUGUGCAAGUUGGAAGAGUCUGACAUUGUGUUUGAGCUGGUCAGGGAGAUGCAGGAUGUCUCCAAUGUAGAGAAGCAGAUGCAUAAGGUACUGCAGAGGAUUGUGACCCUGGUCAAUGCAGACAAAGGAAGCAUGUUCGUUUUCAGGUCGAGGAACGGUGUCGCUGAACUGGCCACAAGACUUUUCGAUGUGACCCGAGACUCCAGUUAUGAGAGCAAUCUAGUGGCACCAGAGGCAGAGAUAGUUUUUCCAUUGGAUAUGGGGGUAGUGGGAUGGACUGCACAUACCAAGAGGGUGCAGAAUAUUGCUGACGUUCAAAAGGACAUCCAUUUUUCUGCAUUUGUUGAUAAACAGACUGGGUACACGACCUUGAACAUCCUAGCUGCUCCUAUGGUCCAGGGGAAGGAAGUAUUAGCAGUUCUGAUGUUGGUCAACAAAAUUGGCGAGCCACAGUUCACAAAAGAAGACCAAGAGGUUUUCACAAAGUAUCUGAAUUUUGCAUCGCUAGCACUGAAAUUCUCUCAUAUCAAUUACCUCUACAAUGUGGAACAGCGAAGGUCACAGAUUCUGCUAUGGUCUGCUAACAAGGUGUUUGAAGAACUAACAGAUAUUGAACGUCAAUUUCACAAAGCUUUGUACACAGUUCGACUUUAUUUAAAUGUUGAAAGAUAUUCGGUCGCUCUGCUGGAUAUGACCAAACAAAAGGAAUUUUUUGAUGAAUGGCCAAUCCUGAUGGGUGAAGUCCCCCCUUACAAAGGUCCAAAGACCCCAGAUGGCAGAGAAAUUAACUUUUACAAGAUCAUCGAUUAUUUGCUGGAGGGAAAAGAGGAAAUUAAAGUCAUCCCGUCUCCUCCUGCAGAUCAUUGGUCACUUGUGAGCGGCCUGCCAACAUAUGUUGCUGAAAAUGGUUUUAUCUGCAACAUGAUGAAUGCCCCAGCAGAUGAAUACUUCACAUUUCAAAAAGAAGCAGUGGAUGAAACAGGUUGGGUUAUAAAGAAUGUCCUGUCUUUGCCAAUUGUGAAUAAGAAAGAAGAGAUAGUGGGAAUAGCUACAUUUUACAACCGAAAGGAUGGCAAACCAUUUGAUGAAUAUGAUGAGCAGAUCACUGAAACCUUGACACAGUUCCUGGGAUGGUCACUCCUGAACACUGAUACUUAUGAUAAGAUGAAUAAACUGGAGAGCAGGAAAGAUAUCGCUGCAGAAAUGUUAAUGUACCAUUCAAAGUGCACUGAGAAAGAACUGCAGACCAUUUUGAAAACAAAAGAGAAGCUGGACAAGGGCACUGCAGACUGUGAACAAAAAGAAAUGAUUACCAUCUUGAAAGAAGAACUGCCUGAUCCGUGCAAAAUUGAACUCUAUGAAUUUCACUUCAGUGACUUACCUGUUUCAGAGUUUGAUCUAAUCAAGUAUGGAAUUCAGUGUUUCUUUGAAAUAAAGGCCGUUGAAAAAUUCAAAAUACCAGCAGAUGUGUUGACCCGAUGGAUGUAUACAAUCAGGAAAGGUUAUCGUGAUAUCACCUACCAUAACUGGCGCCAUGGAUUUAACGUAGGACAGACCAUGUUUACACUUCUAAUGACAGGUAAAAUAAAGAAAUAUUAUUCAGAUCUAGAAGCCUUCGCCAUGGUUACUGCAGCUUUCUGUCAUGAUAUUGAUCACCGUGGCACCAAUAACUUGUACCAGAUGAAAUCACAAGCACCUCUAGCAAGGCUGCAUGGAUCCUCUAUUUUGGAAAGACAUCACCUUGAGUACAGUAAAACACUACUUCAGGAUGAGAGUAUAAACAUUUUUCAAAACCUAAACCAACGUCAGCAUGAAACAGUCAUACAUUUAAUGGAAAUUGCUAUAAUCGCGACUGACUUGGCCUUGUAUUUCAAGAAAAGGACAAUGUUUCAAAAGAUUGUAGACAAUGUCGAACAAAUGGAAAAUGAGGAAGAAGCCAUAAAGUUUAUUUCAUCUGACCCAACCAAGAAAGAAAUUGUCAUGGCAAUGAUGAUGACAGGAUGUGACUUGUCUGCUAUAACAAAGCCCUGGGAAGUACAAAGCAAGGUUGCACUGAUGGUUGCCAAUGAGUUCUGGGAGCAAGGUGAUCUAGAACGGACAGUUUUACAGCAGCAACCAAUCCCCAUGAUGGACAGAAAUAAAAGAGACGAACUCCCUAAACUACAAGUUGGUUUCAUCGACUUCGUGUGUACCUUUGUGUAUAAAGAAUUUUCAAGAUUCCACAAAGAAAUAAAACCCAUGUAUGAUGGUCUUCAAAACAACAGAGUUGAAUGGAAAUCGCUGGCCGAUGAGUAUGAAGCAAAAAUGAAGCUGCUUGAAGAACAAAAGGAACAAGAAGAAAUGGCAGCCAAAAAAGGUUGAGCAGUUUUUAAUUUUGUAAUUUUUUUGAAUCAUUUUAUCUAGCAGAACAAAAAGGAGACUCCCUUUGAAUUUCAUGUUAGUAGCUGAAUAGCUGUAUUAAAAUGUGUUUUAUUCUUUGUGACAAAACAAAGGUUGUCAAAGGUUAUGGAGAAAAUGCAGGGAUAAUAGAUCAGCCAUGAGCAAAUGGUUGAGCAGACUUCAUGGGCCAAAUGGUCUAAUUCUGUUCCUAUUAUUUAGUCUUAACACAACCUGUCACAAUCUGCCAAAAAUGCAGCAAGGAUUAAAUAUUUUUUUGAAGAUUAGGAUUAAUGCCCAAUAUAGGCUGAUUGAUUGGGAGCUGCUGUCUAUCAGCACGUCUCACUCAUAUACAAGCAAAGGAGAAGGCCUGACACAUGCUGGAUUAUUAUUGUCUGAUUAUUUGUUCUGUGUGCUGGACAUAACUGUUGGAUUUACCAAUGAAGGAGAAAAGUAUUUGUUAGUGUUUUAUUGUUAUACAUUAAAUUGAACUUUUAAAUGCUUAAGCAUUAAAAACAUUUAAAUCUAUUUGAUUGGCUUUUAGAUAUCGAAUAUCCAAGACAUUCAAAAACUUGUAAUACCCUUGACUACCAAUGAGCUGUCAAGCAAUUCAGAGCUCAGGACAUGCUGCCCAAGUUGGUUAGUUACUUGCAGUAGAUCCCUGUCUGGGACAGGUCAUUAGCUCACCUGCUUCUCUGCAGUGGGUGGGUGACAAGUUUAGGCAAGAUCAUCUGGCCCAGAGUUCUAUAGAAAAAAAUCUAAUCCGAUUAUAUUAUUAAUGCUAGGAAUUAAGUU